UUAUUUUAUUCUUAAUAAUGGGUAAUAAAAAUUCACAUAUCAAGAAUAAACGAUCAUCAAUAAAAAAAAUACCAGAAUUUGAAAAAAUAGAAUCAGAACAAGAAAGACAAGAAGAGCUAUUGGACUAUUAUUUAUCGACUGAUACCGGUUCUAUUGAUAGAUUACAUAUGUAUCACUUUCUUAAAGGAUAUAUAUUUCAAGGUAAUUUUUCUUCCCCGAUUGAGGAUAUAAUAAUUGAAGGAGGGUGUAAGGUUUUAGAUAUUGGAUGUGGUCCUGGUACAUGGUUAUUAGAUUUAUCGAAUAAAUAUGAAAAUUCUUAUUUUUUUGGUGUAGAUAUUAAACCAAUAUUUCCACGAGAGAUAAAACCAAAUAAUCUUGAAUUCAUCGAAGCUGACGUAACUAAUGGAUUAUCAUUUCGUGAUAACGAAUUUGAUUUAACACAUGCAGAUUUAAUGGGCCUUAUGUUUACGCCAGAACAAUGGGAUAUCGUUCUUUCUGAACUCAUUAGAGUAACGAAACCAGGUGGAUAUAUUGAAAUAUCUGAUAGACGUAAUAGUUUUGUUGGUGUAGGUCCGAUUUAUCGUAGAUUAACGGACUCAAUUUGGGCAUCAUUUUUAAAACGAAAUAUAGACGCCAAAUUGAUUUAUAAUCUAGAUUCAAAAUUUGAAUUACAACCAAAUAUAGGAAAAGUUCAUCGAAUUGAAAAAGAUCUUAUCGUGGGACCUAAUGGAGGUAAAAUUGGUUUAGUUUUUCAAGAUAUUGCCGUUUCUUAUUUUAAUUCAGAUAUGACAUGUAAAGUUGUAAGUGAGGAAAUAGGAAUUUCUGAAGAAGAAUAUAAAAAUAUGGCAGAAAAAUUAGCUGAAGAAUUUGAACAAACUAGCACUGAAUGUGUUCAUGUUAGAUUUUGGGCUCAAAAACAAUUAAUGGAUUAAUAGCAAUAAAUAAUAUAUAGUAAAGAAUGUAAAAAUCAUUAAUAUUUUUAUUAUCAGUA